GAAAGAGAAAAACAUUAGAUUCAGAAAUUAAAAAAGAAAAGCUUCUUAGAAAAAUUCUCAAAUGGCGUUCGCUGUUACUUCUUCAUCUUCCGCCGCUGUAUCUGGCUCUGGCUUUCCAUUUUCCAGUUCUUCCUAUGAACUCAAAGCUCCACAAAUUGGUUCGUUUCGGCUAUCGGAGCGGGCUAUGAAUUUCUCUCGGAGACGGUGCUCGGUCAGACCGGUCAACGCCGAGCCUAAGCGGAGCGAUUCGGUUGUUCCUUUCGCAGCAACUACCGUUGCCCCUGAAGUGGUGGAGAAAGUAGAGGUAGAGGUAGAGGACUAUGAGCAAUUGGCUAAAGAGCUGGAGAAUGCUUCUCCUCUUGAAAUCAUGGAUAGAGCCCUCGAGCAGUUCGGCAACGACAUUGCGAUUGCGUUCAGUGGUGCUGAAGAUGUUGCUUUGAUCGAGUAUGCACAUUUAACCGGGCGACCAUUUAGGGUCUUCAGCCUGGAUACUGGGAGGCUAAACCCAGAAACUUAUCAAUUCUUUGACGCGGUGGAGAAGCACUAUGGCAUCCGCAUUGAAUACAUGUUUCCUGAUGCUGUUGAAGUUCAGGGAUUAGUAAGGAGCAAGGGUUUGUUUUCCUUUUAUGAAGAUGGGCACCAGGAGUGCUGCCGUGUGAGGAAGGUGAGACCCCUGAGGAGGGCGCUUAAGGGUCUCCGUGCCUGGAUCACCGGCCAAAGAAAAGAUCAAUCUCCGGGUACUAGGUCUGAGAUUCCGGUUGUUCAGGUGGACCCAGUUUUUGAGGGAUUGGAUGGAGGGAGUGGUAGCCUGGUGAAGUGGAAUCCGGUGGCAAAUGUUCAGGGUCAAGACAUAUGGAACUUCCUCCGUGCCAUGAAUGUGCCUGUGAAUUCAUUGCAUUCACAAGGAUAUGUCUCAAUCGGUUGUGAGCCGUGUACGAGGGCUGUCCUGCCAGGGCAGCAUGAGAGGGAAGGAAGGUGGUGGUGGGAGGACGCCAAGGCCAAAGAGUGCGGCCUCCACAAGGGAAACAUUAAGGAUGAAAACGUAAAUGGUAAUGGAAAUGGAGCACUCCAUGCUAAUGGAACCACAGCCACGGUUCCUGAUAUUUUCAACACCCAGAAUCUGGUUACCUUGAGCAGGGCCGGAAUCGAGAAUUUGGCACGCUUGGAGAACCGAAAAGAACCAUGGAUUGUCGUGCUCUAUGCGCCAUGGUGCCCCUUCUGCCAGGCAAUGGAAGAAUCAUAUGUUGAGUUGGCCGAUAAGUUGGCAGGGAGUGGGGUGAAGGUGGGAAAGUUCAGAGCAGAUGGUGAGCACAAGGAGUAUGCCCAGCAAGAACUGCAACUAGGAAGCUUCCCCACAAUACUUUUCUUCCCCAAAUACAAUUCUCGGCCAAUAAAGUAUCCAACGGAGAAGAGGGAUGUUGAUUCCUUGAUGGCUUUUGUGAACGCUCUCCGGUGAUGUGAAUCGGAAAUAAUAUAAUCAAAAAUCGUAAAUAGAAGAAAGUCGGUAGGCAAAGGAUGGAGCCAUGGAGGUGAACCCGGAGUUCCAUCAUAAACUAUCAUUGGUUGCGGCCCAGCAGAAUUGGUACUUAGAUGUGCCAAUGGCAUUUAGAGGCUAGAGUGUUUUGUAUAUCGUUGGUAUGGAAGUGUCUUUGUUUUUGUGUUAUUCUUGUAAGAGUUUCCUUCAGAUGAAGGAAUCUGCUUUCUUGGUUUCUAGAUGAGAUUGUCUGGGAUCAGUAGUCUGUGGGUGGAAUAGGAUUAUGUGUAGUCUGUAAUUUGCAAUUUUGGAUGUUUAUUGCCAAUUUUGUGUUCAUCUUGUGUUUCAUUGGAAGACAGUAGCAUAAAGCCCAAUUGGUCUGCUUGUUUUCAUUUGAUAUCGGAAUCGGAAUCGUAAGAUA